CAACGCCCAAUGAUGGUCCAAUAGGCUCCUACAGCAGUGGGUCAGCGGACGGUUCCAGACCUGGUAUAUUUUGGGCCAAUGUCCUGCGCCCCGAGUCGAGCCCCAACCUGACGAUGAUGGCGCUCACCCUCCACGAGGCUAACCCCGGACAUCACUUGCAGAUCAGCUAUUCCAUCACAUCAGACACGCCCGACUUCCGCCAGAAGAUGGAGUCCUCGGCUCUGAAUAAAGUCCCUUUUGCCUUCCCGAGAUACACUGCCUUUGUGGAGGGCUGGGCGCUGUAUUCCGAGUUCUUAGGAGAGGAGAUGAAGCUGUACAGAGAUGACUAUGAACUGAUGGGUCGGUACAGUUCUGAAAUGUUCCGAGCGUGUAGACUGGUUGUGGACACAGGCAUACAUGCCUUCAGCUGGACACGUGACGAGGCCAUUGACUACAUGUUGAACUACACAGCCAGGUCGUAUGAGGCCGUUGCAGUGGAGAUUGACCGCUACAUCACGUGGCCUGGUCAAGCUCUGGCCUACAAGAUCGGGGAGAUCAAGAUCCUGGAGCUGCGACGGAAGGCGGAGGAGAAGCUAGGUGGCAGGUUUGACAUCCGGGAGUUUCAUUCCGUUGUCCUGGAAAGCGGAACCCUUCCCCUGACAGUCCUGGAGGAUCUCGUUAACGACUGGCUUGACUCCUACCCGGAACCAGCCACUCCAGCCCCCGGGACCCCCGCCCCUUCCACGUGUGGAGCUGCAGGUCUUGUGUCGUCCCUGGUGUGGGUGAUUCUCGGCCUGUGCGCCCUCCCUCCAGUCGUGUAGGAGGGUGUCAUCUGACUGUUUCCCGUUACACUGUUUGUUGUUGCCGGUCUAGCAUCUGCUGAGUUCAGAUUACCUAUACCACGUAAGCUUUGUAUACUUAUCGUUAUACUGACUGUUGCCCAUAGAUAAUCUCUUCUAAUGUACCGUCUGUUACUGCGUCCUGUAUACAAAUGUGCUAUGUACGUUACCCAUGAUAAACAGACUAUCGGCCCGUCAUCAUCCCAUCAGUCUUAACGUCCCCACGUAAAGCUUCCGCACUCCUUGUACACAACGUUUCGAUGCCACGUCUUGGGUCUCCAUAAACAAGUCCAGAUAUUUCAUUGCCCCGAUGAAGAGUAAACAGAAUUGCCCAUGUAUCUGAUGUCUCUGUAUACCACCCUGACAAGUGCACAGUUCAAGCUAAUGCUGCAUGGAAUUUCCCUUCCCUGUUGUAAGUCUCAUCAUGUUUCAAUAUGUUACGUAUCGAUCCAUGUGCUUGUUGCUUAUAUAUCCACGUGAGAAUUGAUUGAUGAAAAUCUUAUUUCGAGAAGAUAAUGAUAAACCCUGAUCUGCACCCUGCUGAUCCCCUGUGGAUUACCUUGCCUGCCCAGUACGAGCUGGUGACCCCCAGUCCAAUACUUGAAUGAACUUGUCACAUUGUUGCUGUGUCCACCUGAGGUCCGGUGUUAAAUAUCAGACUUCUGAUCAGCAUCACGUGGAGAUGACUCAUCCCUGAGAGGUGUUGAUACCUGGAGUCUGGUGUAUCACCAUCCCUGAGUGUGUUGAUACCUGGAGUCUGGUGUAUCAUAAUCCCUGAGUGUGUUGAUACCUGGAGUCUGGUGUAUCAUCAUCCCGGAGUACAGCGCCAUCUUGCCACAAGUUCAGUGGUCAGCUUCCCUUGCACACGGACAUGUCAUAAUAAUUAUACUUUCUUUAAAAUUGCAUAUAAAGAUCAUACAU